AUGGAGAUUGGUCUGGCAUCAAAAAGGAAACUGGGUUUUGUGACAGGAGUGGUAAGAAGAGAUGAGAAAGAUGCUGUUAAAGGAGAAGCAUGGGAUACAUGUAACAAUAUGAUUAUCUCUUGGAUUCUGGGUUCUAUAUGGAUGCAAUUAGAGAAAAGAUUCUCUCUCACAAAUGGAUCAAGAAAAUAUAAACUGAAUAAAGAAUUAUAUGAAGCAAAACAGCAAGGUAAACAAGUGAGUGAGUAUUACACUAUGAUGAAAUGUCUUUGGGAGGAACUGGACUCUCUGAAUACUCUACCUCCUAUUACCACUGUAACAGCAGAGAUAACAAGCUUCGUUGAAGCCCUCACUCAACAGCAAGAUGAACAUAAGUUGUUCCAGUUUUUAAAUGGACUUGAUGAAGUCUAUGGAACUCAGAGAAGCAACAUUCUCAUGAUGUCUCCACUUCCUACAGUGGAAACUGCCUGUAGCUUCUUAGAACAAGAAGAAGCUCAGAGAGGGCUCUUGAGUCAAGUGAAAGAAGAAACAGAAACUUUGGCUAUGUUCAGUAAAGGGACAGGGGGAGCCUCAACUAGCACACCUCCUACUACUCAAUGCACUGGAAAGAAUAAUUAUGAUCAGCAAAAAUGGAGUAAAGGGAAGCCAUCUGGUGUGAAAGUAGCAGCAAAUGCUCAAAAUCAGAAUGACAACAUGUCAAUUUCAAGCAACAACACCACCAUUACUGCUCAACAACUUGAACAACUUCUCAGACUCUUACCUACUCCAUCUAAAGGUGAAGACACUGAAGAUGAGAUGGACAUACAUUACUCAGAUCAUAUGACUGGGAAUUUCUCUGUAUUAAAACACGUUGUGUCAUGCAAAGAUAACUCCUUGAUUAAUUUGCCUACUGGUCAGACUUCUAAAGUCACUCAUACUGGUACUGUGAUAUUAGAAAGCAACAUAAAGCUGAGAAAUGUUCUGUAUAUUCCUGCCUUUAAACAUAACCUUUGGUCUGUGAAGAAGUUAUGUGAAGAUCUAAAAUGUAAGGCAACAUUUCUUGAUGAAUAUUGUCUGAUCAUUGACUGUGUGAAUGAAGAAAUAAAAGGUGUAGGAAAAAGUGCCAAUGGUCUUUACUAUCUGAUAAAUGAACCAGUUGAGAAAACUCUUUAUAGAAUUAAAGAAGAGACCAGUAGUGUAAUUCAAAGAGACAAGAAAAGGGUGGCUAUGAAUGCACAAAAUUACACUGAAUUUCCUAGUGUAAUCAGGGAUGUACCAAAGUUGAACAAAGAAACAUUGUGGCAUCAUAGAUUGGGGCAUGCUCCAAUGAAGAAACUUGCUAUGAUAGAUUCUAUUGAUGUGAAGGGUGGAUGUCAGAAUGUUUUAUCACAUGUCCUUUGGCAAAAUUCACAAAGUUGCCUUUUAAAAGGAGUGAGUCAAAGGCAGGAGAACUGUUAG